AGUUUGCAGCAGAGACGCUGUUGUCUGUUGUCUGUUGUCGGGGGAGACGAGACUCUGGUCUGGUGCAGCCUUCACCUGCCGCUUCAAGCGUAAAAAGAAGAACUUACAAAAGUUAUACAUCUCCAUGUUUUCACACGAGUGACGCAGCGGCGGGCUUCCGGGGUGUCGAGAUGGAAGGAGCCGUCAUCGGACCGGGUCCGUACCGGGCCACGAAGCUGUGGAAUGAAACCAUCAAACUCUUCCGCGGGGGCAUGCCGCUCCGGCGGCACUGGGCCAACUUCCGCUACUACGACUGCAGCUUCGCGGCAUCCGAGGCCGUGGAUUACCUGCACGAGCUGCUGCGGCGCAACUACAACUUUGGCCCCGAGGUGACUCGCUACCAGACCCUGCAGCUGCUCAGGAAGUUCUUCAAGGCCCAUGUCAUUGAAGACAUCAAGGGGCGUCACGGGACAGAGGAAUUUGAGGACAACGGCCAUCUGUACAGGUUCCCCAUGCUGUCGCCGCUGAAAUCUUUCCCAACGAGGCCUCUGUUGAAAGACAGCUGUGACCUGCCCAGACUCAUCCGCUGGGAUGACUACGAGGAAUUGCCUCAGCGGGAAAACUCUGCGCCCCUGAAGUCUGCUGUCAUGACUUCAGAUCUGUGGAAUAAAAGGCACAGUGUGGCGAUCGGGGACGUCCACGAAUGCAAGCUCAUACGCAGGAAGGAGGUUACUCCUAAACAAGUGGACCAUGUUUGGAAAUCAAUGACAGUUGCACAUUUACAGCGAGUGCUGGGCCUGAAGUCGCUGGACGGCGUGUUAACCCCAACGCACGUGAACGGCAAGCACAUUGUCCACAAUGUGUUCAGCGUUAACAAGACGGGCAUAGUCAUACUGGAGAACAAAGCUGAGGACAUGCCCUAUUGGGUCGUAUCGGCAAUGAAAUGCCUCGCCAACUGGCCUAAUGGCAAUGGAACCAAACAGCCAGUGUAUCCGGGUUUCGAGAGAGACGUCCUGAGAACGGUAGCAGAUUAUUUCCAGAGACUCAAAGAACCCCUGCUGACUUUCCAUCUAUACGAAGUCUUUGUCAACAUUCUUAGUCUGCUGCCAGAAGAGGACAAAGCCACCGAGGCUCUUCAAGUCAGCAGCCUCUUACUGCCGCCGCCCAACCGAAGACGUUUGCAGCUUCUACUGCGUCUUAUGGCGCGGGUCUGCCAGAAUCCCCACCUGCCACCUCUCAAUGACACCAUCAGUACCCGCACGCUGAUGCUGCAGAUGUUCUCUCACUGCGUCCUGGGCUCAGUGGACGAGAUGGACCUGGACGAGCUGCUGGCAACCAAGCUGGUGACCUUCAUGACGGAGCACCACCACGCCAUCUUCCAAGUGCCCUCCAAGCUGCGUCGCCAAGUCGAAGAGCAUCUGUCCCAUCUCAAGAGAGUUCAGAUCAAAUAUGCAGGCUCCGAUACAGACUUCAGUGCAUCUCCAGCCUUUUGUAAACAGAUCAGAAGGGUGGAGUCCGAGGAGCAGGAGGUGAUCGGCACCCAGACGCCCCUGCAGGAGCUGCUGGAGGGUCUGAUUGCAGACAAAGAGCUCCCUGCCAAGGACAAGAGGAAAAGGCUAAAACAGUUCCAGAGGUCGUACCCAGAAGUCUACCACAAUCGAUUUCCAACUGAGGAAAGCAAAGCUGCUGUCAUACCCGAGAAAACCCCUCGACUCAAGCCUCAUCUCAUGUUCUUUAACCUCAAGAAACCAUCAUUCCAGCCUUUUCAGAGGAGUUGGAGUUUCAGGGCGUGAUCUGCCACCACUCACGUAUCGUCACUUCAGGCCGUCUACAAAUCUCAACCUCGGUGUCCUGAGACGAGGAGGACUUUGGCUGAAAUGGUGCCCUGGCCACAGUUUCUUAACCACUACGGUUUGUAUUAAAUAAGUAAUUAUGAAUUUGACUUUGUAGCACUAUUAAACUGACGAUAUUUAAAUUGUCAGUUCGCUCAAAUUACAUAAUAGUUAUGUGAUUUCCCCACUGAUUUCUUGUAAUGCAGAUAGUUUGUUUGAAAAGUAGAACACUUGCAACUAUUUUCUAACUUUUAACUACUUACAAUUAAUGUGGAUAUGGGGAGCUGACAAUUUAAAGGAGAUAUAUUAUUCUCGUAUUCAGGUUCAUAAUUUUAAUUUGGGUUAUUACUGGAAAAGGUUUACAUGCUCUAAGGUUGGGGCAGUGUCAGACUAUCUGCUAGGCCUACUUGUUUUCAGGAGAGGAUCUUUUGAACUUUUCAGACCUUUUACAUACACAAAAAAAAAACUAUAUAACCCACUAGAGGAAAGGGAAAAAAAUGAAAAGGCAUAAUAUGUCUCCUUUAAGGACAUUUCUGCAUUUACACUCAUUGUUGCCAGAAAACUUGAACAAAAUAUAAGAGACUUUCACUUACAGUAAACGAACCACUGAUGUUUCUUAAAAAUGAACACUUAAUAGUUUUUAUUAAAUUGUGUACUGGUACAUUUUUUCUACUGAAAUAACACUGUAUGUGAGAAAGGUAUAAUUUACUGUUGAGUGGCCCCGAGAGCUCAACACACGAAAGAAUCUCAUGCAAAACAGAAACAUAAGGAAAUUGCAGAAUCAUCUCUACCAAUUUGACAAUGCAUGCACAGCAGGUAUGCAAUUAAAUUUGCAAAUAGCACAAACGACCACACAAUAGUUCUUUCAAGUGACACUGAAAACAGAUCAACACAGCUGAGACACAGGGACUUGCUUGUCGAAUCUCUGUCGUCGCUGUUGAAUAUGGAGAAAAGUUUUACUUUUAACAUUCCGACAAUUAUAUCGCAUGAUUUAGAUAUUGAACAUCUGAAUCAUGCGAUAUUAUUCGGAUUAUCUGCUUGUUUUUGUCUAAAUCCUGCUUGUAUUUUUGUCAUUUUCUCAUGUUUUGUCUGUUUUCAUGUGUUUUCCUAAGUUGCGUUGUGCUUAGCUCGUGGGCCACUGCACUAAGAAGCAGAAUUUAAAGUAGCCAAUUUGAAUGAAAUGCAUUUCAAAAGUGUUAAUACUUAUUAGAUGUUUAUACUGUAGGUUGUGAAAUAUUAAUGAUCAAAGUUCAUCAUGCUCUUUAAAGAUUAAUAUUGGUACACGUUUUUUUUUAUAUUGUAGCAUGUGAAACUGUACUGCAGUAGCAGUGUUGGCUCUAAAUGGCCUUCAACCAUUUAAUUUCAUGAGCUUGACUCAUUUCCUGAUCACUUUUCAUAUGUGGAAUGCGCGUGAGGCUGAAUACACACAAAUACGCGUUUGUCGGCGAAACGGCUACUUAACGUCAAUGAACAUAUCAAGGUUUUACUCCGAAAGGGAACAUCCGCAACAUGUUGCACUAAUGAGAAGCUUUAGCUGAGCUUUAGCUGAUAAUUGCAUCUGUAACCACAACACAGAUCGUAACAAAUGAGGUAAAAUCCAACAGAUGUCGUCGAAGACUGCUGUAAAAAUGUACAACUACAUUAGUUUUAUAACACUGAUAUCCUGAUACUUAAUCACAGAAAAGGGAAGAAAGAAGUAAAAGAGGAACCUGAUGUGCUAUUAUCUGUCACAGCCCUUUCUCUCUUAUCCCUUCCUGUACCUUACCUGAUUAUUAUAUGUGCACUCUACCCUCAUUUCAUGUUUUAUUCUGUAUAUAAGAACUAUUUUCUUGGUCGGUACAAGUUUCAAUGUCUCGGAUAAUCUUCCACCGUUUUAAAUCAUGUACUUCAAUGUCUUUUUAUCUGGUACCGGCUGUUCCAUCAUGUCAAUCAGGUUGUUUUUCACUUAAUUUGAAACCUAAAAUAUAUAAAUAAUAUUUUUUUUUAAUGAUUAAGUGAUUUUCAUAAAUGCUCUUGAACAAAUACAACAAUGCUGGAAUAACUGUUACACUUGAAUUGCUGCUUUUUGCUGGAAAAAAAAAUCAACAGGAUGAAAGUGAAUUCAUGUUGAUGCUCAUUCUUGUAUAAAAACUAAUUUACUGAAAGUGGAAAA